CGCUUUAAAAAAAUCAGGGGAGGAAGACGCAACGGUAACAAUCAUGGCGUCCACAGCGGCUACCCGAACCGCUGCCAAAGUAGUAAAACCAAUUUUUAGCCGGGACCUGGACGAAGCCAAGCGGAGAGUCCGGGAGCUGUACCGGGCCUGGUACCGUGAGGUCCCAAAUACAGUGGCGGUGUUCCAACUGGACAUCACGUCUCGUCAAGGAAGAGACAAAGUGAGGGAGAUGUUUAACAAAAACAAGCAUGUCAGUGACCCACGUGUGAUUGAUAUGCUAGUCAUCAAGGGGAAGAUGGAGCUCCAGGAAACCAUCCAUGUCUGGAAACAGAGGACCCAUAUUAUGCGCUACUUCCAUGAAACCGAGAGACCUCGCCCUGCUGACUUCUUGUCUAAAUUCUACCACGGUCAUGACCCGUGAACUCUGUAUAUCUGUCCCCUGACUGCUAACCCUUCUGCUUGUCUCCAGUGUGGCAGAUGUUCCCUUUUACUGAACUGUAAAUAUACACAUUACACACAAA